CGAUAGGAUUCGGAAUCUCCCAAUGGCUGCGUGAAGUAGCGGAGCAUGCUCCGCACGGGGCACUGCAGGCCUGACCACACAGCCACGUUGCCGGCCAGAGGGUUGUCCCAACGAUUGGGACAGGACGGAGGGCUCUUGGGGACCCCACAGCCCCAGGUGCGUGACUGACCCUCCUGUUCCCAGAGACCCCAGCGCAGGCCAGGAUGUUCGUCUUGGUGGAGAUGGUGGACACUGUGCGGAUCCCCCCGUGGCAGUUUGAGAGGAAGCUCAACGACUCCAUUGCCGAGGAGUUGAAUAAGAAGUUGGCCAACAAGGUCGUGUACAACGUGGGACUUUGCAUCUGUCUGUUUGACAUCACCAAACUGGAGGAUGCCUACGUGUUUCCUGGGGAUGGCGCAUCACACACCAAAGUUCAUUUUCGCUACGUGGUGUUCCAUCCCUUCCUGGACGAGAUUCUGAUUGGAAAGAUCAAAGGCUGCAGCCCCGAGGGAGUGCACAUCUCCCUAGGGUUCUUCGAUGACAUCCUCAUCCCCCCAGAAUCACUGCAGCAGCCAGCCAAGUUCGAUGAUGCAGAGCAGGUGUGGGUGUGGGAGUAUGAGACGGAGGAAGGAGCCCACGACCUAUACAUGGACACUGGUGAGGAGAUCCGCUUCCGCGUGGUGGACGAGAGCUUUGUGGACACAUCCCCCACCGGGCCCAGCUCCACCGAGGCCGCCUCUACCAGUGAGGAGCUGCCAAAGAAGGAGGCUCCAUACAUGCUUGUGGGAUCCAUUAGUGAGCCAGGCCUGGGCCUUCUCUCCUGGUGGACCAGCAGCUAGCCCUGGGGCUCGACCAUGGACCAGCCCUCUGGAAGGUGCCAGAAAACAAGAGCAGCCUCAUGAUGCCCAGAAGCAGUCUGUGGAGUCUGUGCGGAGUCCGUGCGGGAGGAAACUGUUGGUUUGCCAGCCUGUCUCCUCCCUGCCGCCCUGGCCUUGCUUCUCCUCCUGAAGUCCACUCAGGACAGCAGAGACAUUUAAUAAACAAUGGCGACUGCAGAUGAGCCACCCCUAUA